CUCAGCUGCAUCUGCCAGAGCUCAUACCAGGCUUAAAACACCCAAAUCCAUUUCAUUUCCAGGUUGGGGUCUUUAAUUCCCUCUUGUUUCUUUCUAAUUCAUCCAGCUUUUUAGAUCAACUCGUUGUUCCAGAGUAUUACGGCAAUGAUUGCACCUAUUGCUGUAGCUUUGACUGUAGGUCUUCUGGGAUGGGCUUACCAGGCAUUAAAGCCACCCCCUCCAAGGAUUUGUGGCUCAGCAGAUGGGCCACCUGUAACUUCUCCCAGAAUUAAGCUUGAUGAUGGAAGGCACUUGGCUUACAGGGAAGCUGGAGUUCCCAGGGAAGAGGCCAAGUACAAAAUUGUUGUCAUUCAUGGCUUUGACAGCUCCAAAGAUCUGAAUUUGCCCACAUCUCAAGAACUUAUAGAGGAACUGAGGAUCUAUUUCCUCUUCUUUGACAGAGCGGGUUACGGAGACAGUGAUCCGAAUCCAUCGCGCUCGGUGAAGAGCGAAGCAUAUGAUGUUCAGGAACUAGCUGAUAAGUUGCAGAUUGGCUCCAAGUUCUAUGUGAUUGGGAUCUCGAUGGGAGCAUACCCUGUUUACAGUUGCUUAAAAUACAUACCUCAAAGGUUGGCAGGAGCUUCGCUUGUUGUUCCAUUUGUCAACUAUUGGUGGCCUCGUCUUCCUGCAAAUUUAUUGAAAGAGGGAUUCAGUAGGUUGCUUGCACAAGACCAAUGGUCAUUCCGAGUUGCUCAUUAUACCCCUUGGUUGUUCUACUGGUGGAUGUCCCAGAAAUGGUUCCCUUCAUUAAGCAUGUUGGCCGGAAACUUGACGAUUUUCAGCCCAAGUGAUUUAGAGGUCUUGAAGAAGUGGUCCGAGGCUCCAAGCGUUGGUCAGGAGAAGAUUCGGCAGCAAGGUGUUUACGAAUCUCUGCAUCGUGACAUUAUGGUCAGUUAUGGAAAAUGGGAAUUCGAUCCGUCCGAUCUCGUUAAUCCUUUUCCUAACAAUGAGGGCUCGGUCCAUAUUUGGCAAGGUUAUGAAGACAAAAUCAUUCCAUUUCAGGUAAGUCGUUAUAUCUCCGAAAAACUUCCUUGGAUUCGUUAUCAUGAGGUUCCUGAUGCCGGGCACUUUCUGAUUUUCGAGAGAAAAAACUGUGAAGUGGUUAUACAUGAACUUAUGAAGAUGUGAGAUCCCAGUAUUUGUGCAUAUAUUAUUUAGUGAUAUGUUCUAUGUUUUGCAUGAGUGUUUUAUGGGACCAAGUUGAGAUCGUUCAUUUAUGAAAUGCAUGAUGCUCUUGCAGAAAUUUAGUGAAAGAAGCAAUAUAUAUAUGUGUGUAUUUUACACUGAAA